AUGAAUGAUCGACUCUGGUCGCGACUUCUAAACGAGAAAAUCGCGCAUGAUGUCUUCAAUCACGAACACAUCUCCCGAAUCGUAACUCAUUUACGGUCGGAGUCAACGGCACAGUGCUGUGCAGAAGACUGUAUGCAAGCUAUAAGUGUUGCCCUGGUCUCAUACAAGGGCCGCGCUUGGGUUGCAGAGAACCUGAAAAGCGUCAUGCAUUGGGCGAAGAGUUGCGAUGAGCUCGCUAUCAUGAUAUUAGGGGCUUGGCUUGGGUUGAGAGAUGUUGUGAGGGGACUUCUGGAGGAUGGUGUCCCGGCUGAUCGGAGUCACAAGUACCUGGGCAGUGCCAUGUACGCUGCUGCGUUCAAUGAUGAUGAGCCUUUGGCAGAGAUACUCCUGGACCACGGUGAGGGCGCUUGGAAAAUGGACGGUGCUUAUGGCGAUGCCCUUCAGCUCGCCGCGUAUAAGGGGUCGAAGAAUGUAGCACGACGUCUUUUAGAAGUCCGCAUGCACAGAGAGAAAUCUCCAAAUCCCUUCGGGUAUGGACCGUAUGGCAGCCCUCUGGGAGCAGCGGCUGCGGCGGGAAAUGACGAUAUUGUUAGACUCUGUGUGCAAUGGCAAAGGGAUCUGAGACAGCUAGGUCCUCAUCUACGGAGUCCAUUAUUUUACGCAGCAAGAAGUGGAAGGGCUAGGGUUGCUAAGAUACUUUUGGACAGUGGGGAGAUGAGACCUAACAUGGAUGAUGACUUCAACGAUACCCCGCUAUGUGUCGCUGUGGAGCACAACCACGAAGACGUUGUUUCCGUACUCCUAAGUAGCGACACGGUUAGAGCCGAUUAUCAAGGAGUACGACAUGACAAGCCAACCCCACUCCAAAUCGCGGCCACAAAUGGGUACGCUAAUAUCGUCCGGAUGCUCUUAUGCCGUCGCGAUAUUGAAGUCGGGGGACGGGAAGUGGGGAAACGUCCAAUCUUCAUGGCUGCGCUCAAUGGCCAUACGGAGAUAGCGAAUUUGUUGCUUACGAGGGACGAAAGCCACUAUGUACGACUCUUUCUUCCAUGGGUGGCGUCUCGAGGCCUUGUUGAUAUGGUCAAAAUGGCAUUGGACUCACAAAUAGUCAAUCCAAAUGGGCAUGAUAGGGAGUUCAGGACCGCUCUCCAUCAUGCAGUAGGCCAGGAUCGUGAAGACCUGGUAAGACUACUGCUUCAGUGGAAUGAGACGAGCCCAAAUCUCGAGGAUAGCGUUGGCCGAACCCCACUGAUACUCGCAAUAGAGAGCAGAAACUUACCCAUAUUCCGCCUUCUAUUAGACGAUAAAAGGACUUCUAUUGGCAAGAGCAAUCUUCACGGCAUGACACCAUUGCAUGUUGCAUGUAAACACGGAUAUUUGACGUUUGUGGAAAGUAUACUCGCCCGAGAAGACGUGAACAUAAAUGCCCUCGACGCGGCCUGCCAAACACCACUCUGCUACGCCAUUGACUCCAAUAGCGAUGGCGUAAUACAAUUGUUGCUCGAAAAUAAGAGCACUGAUCAUAGUCAGCCCGAUAACAACCAAGGGAAGACUCCCCUGUACAUGGCCGCCAAGAAUGGUCACUCCAAGCUAGCUGUGAUGCUUAUGCAGAGAUACAAAGCAAGCCCCAACUGCUGGUGUGACGAGUUCCUCGCAACGCCGUUGAUUAUGGCGGCUGCGCGCGGUGAUCUUUACCUAAUAUCCGCCUUGUUAAAAGAAAGCGCAGUGGAUAUCAACGAGCCGAACAAGCUUGGACACACUGCGCUUGGUGUUGCAGCAUCCCACGCUCAAGCAAAAGCUGCCCUCAAGCUUCUUGAGCAACCUGAUGUCGACGUACAUCUCUGGGCUGAAGAUAGGACGACGAUUUUCUUGAUGGCGGCUCAUGGAGGCCACCUGGAUAUCCUGACACACCUGUUAGCAAAGGGUGCUCAUCCAGGUAUCUGCAACAACAUCGGAGAGACACCUAUCUAUGUCGCUUCAGAGAAGGGCCACUAUGAGGCUGUUUUGAUGCUACUAGCGCAGCCAGGUGUAGACCCCAAUCAACCCACUCAUUUUCGGGAAACACCUUUAUCGGUGGCGGCGCGCAGGGGGCACGUAGCUGUGGUGCGUCUAUUACUCGAACAAGGAGGCGUGUGUUUUAACCCGCAGCGUCAGUCAUCUCAGAAACUGCUUUCGAUGGUCACCAACACAGCAAUAGAACAAAUGUUAAUGGACGCUGGUGACAGGUUCGUGGGGGCGCCGUAA